AUGGCUGACAAUGAUGCCGGCGUCGCACCGGCGGACGAGACGGAGGAUACGCAGCCGAAGCCGAAGAUUGACCCCAAGCAUUGGAUCACCAUAUUUAAUUUUAUUAGAGUCUUGUCAUAUGCCACGGCAUGGGACAGACUGCUGCUCAUCGUGUCGGUGGCUGCUGCCGUCGGCGCUGGCUUGACGAUGCCUUUGAUGAAUAUUCUGUUUGGCCAGCUUGUCGGUGUCUUCACUGGCUUCUUCAAACAAGGCUCCGACGAGACGACACAGGAGUUUCUCGAUGCUGUCAAUGUCGGCGUCUUGUACAUGGUGUACUUGUUCUUCGCAAGACUAGGUCUGACCUACAUCGCCAAUCUCGGUUUCCGCAUGACGAGCCUCCGCAUCUCAGCUGCCAUACGCUUGACUUACUUGCAGACCCUAUUUACGCUUCCAAUAUCCAUGCUUGACAUGCUCCCUCCUGGUCAGACAGCUGCCAUCAUCACCACGACUGCCAGCAUUCUCCAGAACGGCAUAUCCGAAAAGAUGGGCCAGUUCUUCUCCAGCAUCGCCACCGUGGUCGCAGGCUUCUGCAUUGCCCUCUCCUAUAAUUGGAUGCUUACCCUCGCCACGAGUACGGGUCUCGUUUUCAUUGCCAUCGUUUAUCUGCUCUCCGCGCCGCCGGUAGUACGCAUCAUGGGCGAAGUGCAGGCAGUUGAGGUGCAAGCCGCGUCCGUUUCAACCGAAGCAUUCGCGUCGUGGAGGAUGCUAUCAGCUUGUGGAGCGGAAGGCAAGAUGAUGGCAAGGUAUGCGAGCUUUGUAGAUGAGACAAGGCAUAAGGGUUUUGGGCUGGCGUGGAUCGUAGCGGCGCAACAGUCUCUGAGUGAUACUUUUGCCCUGGCCUUUUGGUAUGCCUUCAUGCUGUACUCCAUGAUGGCUAUUACUAGCCCCGAGCCUUUGAUUGUCGUACUUCUAUGCGUCAUGGUUAUGGCCUCAUCUAUCGGUCAGAUCACGGCGCCUCUCUCUGCCGCCUCCCAAGCUGCGUCAGCCGGCGCCAUCUUUCACACAAUCAUUGACGCCCCAAAGACGACGUACGGGACACUCAAGGCGCCUGAAAUCUCAGCCGACGGAGACAUUGUCCUCGAAAACGUCAAUUUUGUCUAUCCGACUCGUCCGGACGUCAAGAUUCUGGAAGGCCUGAACCUUUGCUUCCCAGCCGGCAAAGUCACGGCAAUAGUCGGUCCCUCGGGCUCCGGAAAAAGCACCAUCGUCGGCAUCCUGGAAAGAUGGUAUGAAUUCAACGGCGAUCCCGUCACGAACCAACUAGUUCUCUGGCUCCGCAACGGUCUCGUCACCGUAGGCGGCCACAAGCUCAGCGACAUCGACCCUAAAUGGUGGCGCAACCAGAUUGGUCUGGUCCAGCAGGACAAUGCUCUGUUUAAUACAACCAUUUACAAGAAUGUCGAGCAUGGCCUCAUCGGCACAGAGUGGGAGUGCGAAGCCCACCACGUCAAGGCCAAGCUUGUCGAGGAAGCGUGCAGAGAUGCUUUCGCCGACGAGUUCAUUGUCCGCCUGCCAGAUGGUUACCAAACAGCCGUUGGCGAGUCUGGCAUCAAGCUCAGCGGUGGCCAGCGCCAGCGCCUUGCUAUCGCGCGCGCCAUUAUCAAGAAGCCCAAGAUUCUCAUCCUCGACGAGGCAACAUCUGCCAUCGAUGUGCGCAGCGAGCAAAUUGUCCAAGCGGCCCUCGACCGGGCCUGCAGAGGACGCACGACGAUUGUCAUCGCACAUCGUCUUGGCACCAUCAAGAAGGCGCAUAAUAUCGUGCUCCUGCGCCAUGGCAAGGUUGUCCAGCAAGGAACGCACGAGAGCCUAAUGAAAGAGGUCGGUGGUGCAUAUCACACUCUUGCAACAGCACAGCAGCUGGACAUGGGGGAUGGUGCACGAAACGACCUUGAUAGCUCAUCAUACGAUUUAGGGAUGGGGGAAAAGUCGGCUUAUACUGACGACACAGAUAUGCAAGAAGAUUUCGACGAGAAGGCAGUCGGUCAAGAUAGGCGAUCAAGGCGGAGGAGCCGGGAUAGUUGGCGCAGUCUUGAACUUCACGAUGACGAUUCUGACGACGACCUGCUUGAUGCUGAGGAGUCACUUCUGAGGGGCAUAACCCGUGCGUACCGCAAGGAAUACUUUGCCAACAUGCUAUCCAAAUCCGCCUCCUUCUUCGAUGCAGAAGCAAAUUCGGCUGGCGCCCUCACCGCUAGGCUCGCCACGGACCCAACACAGCUCCAGCAGCUCCUGGGCACCAACAUGGCAUUUGCUCUUGUAUCCGUCUUCAACGUUGUGGGCUGUGUCGUCGUCGGCCUUGUCUUUGGUUGGAAGCUUACCAUUGUGGCGCUGUGCACCUCAACACCCCUCAUCGUCGCGGCUAUGUACUACCGCGUGCGACACGAGAUGGGGUUCGAGGCGAUGAACAACGCCGUCUUCGCCGAGAGCGCCAAAUUCGCGUCGGAGAGCAUCGCUGCCACGAGGACGGUGUCCAGUCUGACGAUGGAGGCUGGCAUCUGUGGACGGUACGAGAACCUGUUGCGCGACCAUAUUGGUGCCGCGUUUCGCAAGUCAGUCUUCUCGGUGAUGCUGUUCUCCUUCAGUGACAGCAUCUCUCUCCUGUGCAUGGCAUUUGUGCUCUGGUACGGAGGUCAUCUGCUUGCCCGACAUGAAUAUUCGCCUUUCCAGUACAUGAUCGUUUAUAUCGCAGUAGUUCAAGGUGGCAUGAGUGCCGGACAGUGGCUGAGCUAUGGUCCAAAUAUUGCGAACGCAACCGCUGCAGCUGACCGGAUCCUGGCGAUGCGAGAACACGAUGAAGACGAUGUGGAUGCAGAUAGCGUGGGCUCAAGACAGUUGCACGAUGUCCCAGAUGAAAAGGAGUUUCAUGUUGAGUUCAAGAACGUCUGGAUCAACUACCCGACACGGCCGGGGCCAGUGUUGAAGGGAUUGAGCCUCCAGAGGGGACAAUUUGCCGCCAUCGUUGGUCCAUCAGGCUCUGGCAAGACCACAAUCAUCUCCCUUCUCGAGCGAUUCUAUUCUGUUGAGACAGGCACGAUUGCUAUCAACGCCCAAAACAUCCUCGAUCUCGACCUCCACACCCAUCGAUCAAACCUCUCUCUCGUCUCCCAGGAACCCAACAUCUUCAGCGGUAGUCUUCGCGCCAACAUCCUCCUUGGCGUGCCCAACGAGCCCUCCGUUACGGAUGCAGACCUCCACCGCGCUGCCCGCGACGCAGGACUUCAUGAUUUCAUCGCCUCCCUGCCCGAGGGCUACGAGACGCCUGUCGGCGCCGCGGGCGUCGCUCUCUCAGGAGGCCAAAAACAGCGCGUAUCCAUCGCCCGAGCGCUCAUCAGGCGGCCGGAGCUUCUUCUCCUCGAUGAAGCGACGAGCAGCCUCGAUAGUGAGACCGAGAGGGAGGUACAGGCCGUCUUUGAUGCGGCAAAGGGCCAGAGGACCAUGAUCACGGUUGCGCACAGGCUUGCUACCGUGCAGAAUGCGGAUAUCAUCUUCGUCAUGGCCGACGGACAAAUCACCGAGAAGGGAGACCAUGCAGCACUCAUUGCGAAGAGAGGGAUGUAUUUCCAGAUGGUAAGUCCUACUUGGCAAGUUGCUCCCGAUCAUUUACUUACGUCGCAGUGUCAAUCGCAAGCGUUAGACAGGUAA